UCAAGGGAUAUUCGUCCUGCAUAAUGAAGUGAUAUCCACAAGCCUACGAGGAAAUCUGAACUGGAUAAAUUUUUAGGUCUCUUUCUCCGGCAAAUUUCCGACCUGAAUUUAAUUUAGUUCUUCUAUGUACCCUCGUACCUUUUCCCGGAAAUUUACGUAAAGGUAAAAGCCAUGAUUUGAAAUUCUUCGGAUCUUGACGCCCCUGAGAAUCACGCUGCGCGCUGUGCUCUCUGAAAUUAUAGGAGUGUAUUCCGAACUCUGUGAGACUUUCUGGCCAUAAACUGUCCGACCAUGGCUCGGUGAACGACGGAAUAUAUUAUCUGAGUCAGACUUUUUUCGACGGCAGUCAUACUGCAGUCGCUCGUGAUUGCUCUUACUAUCCGGAGCCAGUACUUCCAGCGACACAGUUGGUUGCGGUUCACUACGUAAUUGUUGUUAUUGUAUUUGAUAGUUGGAAGCACGAGCUAGUGAUUGUUGAAGUUCAUAUUUCUUGUACCUGUUCUCACGUAAACAUAUCACAGAGACGUUGUUCGAUACGUUGGAAUCAGCGAUGCUGCGAAUAGUGUUUCCAAUAUGCCUAGCAUGUGUAGCUCUUUCGAGCGCCAAUAAUAUUACUGAAAAUCUCAGUUUUGAAAAACCACGAUACGCCGUAUCGCCUUCAGAAAUACCUCAACUUUUCCGAUCACGUUUGACUGACCAUGACCUUCAAAGUUAUCCGCUUGCCGUCGAAGCCGUCAUUAGUGUUGCACUAAAACUGCAAGCUAUCCAAAAUAAUGGCGGGAAACAACAAAACUUUCUGGUCUCUCCUCUGGCUGUGGCCAGUGCACUGGGUCAGCUGAUGCUAGGUGCAAGAGGAAAUCUCCGAAGACAAAUUGGAGUCCUUCUAACGCUGCACGAAACUACUCCUGACACUGCAACCGUCAGUCCUGCGGCAAUAGUUCAACAGCGCUUUGGCCUUGAUACGGCAACGGUACAACAAGGUCUUUUGAACCCUACGGAUCUGAGGUCAACCAAAGGAAGUGAAAAUGUCGCUUCUCAACCGCUGCAAAACACAGUAAGCGCUCAGAAUGCUUGGUCAUAUGAGCAGCAAGUCAUAAAAAUGCCGCACUUUGCCGCCAAGAGUAGAGACGGUCUACCUGGUUUGGAACUUCAUCGUCAACUCGGCAGAUUAAUCAAUUACGUAACAAAUCCUCUACCUGGAUCUGGUGCUGUUCAUUCCUUGGCCAACAGUUCCUAUUUGCAUACUAGCAGUGCGUUUUUCGUUGACCAUAAUCUCAACCUGAACGAGCCAUUCGUACGCGCGAUUAUUGACUUCUACAACUCAAAAGUGGUCCCACUGAACUUCAGGAGUAAUCCGGUCGAGGCACAAAAUGUUGUGAAUAGAUGGGGAUCAACGGAAACGGGAGGUUUGAUCGAUCAAUUCUUACCGUACCCACCGAAGCCAGACACAGCUGUAAUCCAGGCGGUCGCUAUCCAUUUCCGGGGUGCGUGGCAGACGCCUUUCAUAGAAGGAGCAACAGUUCCCGGUUUCUUUAAGACUUCGGAGACGACGACUGUGCCGGUGAACUUUAUGAGAACCAGCCUUGAGGAAGCCUUCUACGCUGAGGAUAAAACUCUAGGUCUUCGUCUCCUCGCGAUGCCUUAUUCGAACUACGAUUGUGCGAUGUACGUGUUCCUUCCGACGGAGGACAAUCCUCUCAAGUACAAUAUUGGGCACCUUGUAACCCAAAUGACGAGCAAAAAUUUUGCAGAUUUAGUUGGCAUGACGAAGCAACGCACUGUCAACGUCAUGUUCCCGAAAUUGUCUCUCACUCAAUCUCUGAGCUUGGCAUCGGCCCUCGAAGAACACGCUAGUUUUUUGACAAAGUUGAAAAGGCGUAGAUCAAACAGCACCGUGUCAAAUGCAGUUCCAAGCCCGAUUCCCCCGUCAGCAGCUACCGGAGCACCGACUUUGGUGGAAUCAAUUAAUAUCGUGAAUCCGCAAACCGGUUGGAGGCCAUCGCUUCAAGAGCCCAAUGAUCAGUUAAGAGUUAUUCCGUUGAACGGUCCAUUACCGAGUCAAGUUUCGGAGAAACUUAGUCAAAAUGUUCCUCAAGGCUCUGUAAAUGCGUCUGUGCCGUCAGCUCCAGUGGGUAACGACGAUUCUGGAACCCCGCAUCAAAAGCCUACGUUAACAUUGACAGGAGCUGCAUCAAACUCUCAGUUCCGAAUAUCCGAUAUCAUCCAACAAGUAGCGUUAGAGGUAAACGAAUCUGGCACGGAGGCAGCAGCUAUUGCUGGCAGUACGAUAAAUUACAGUGGUGAUGUGAAGAACUUUAAGGUGAACAGACCUUUCCUGUUCUUCAUACGCCAUGAAGCGACAAACGCUAUUCUUUUCUGGGGAACCAUCGCAGAUCCCACCGCGUGAUCGGUGAAAAAAUCUUCCAUCGAUUCAUCUGAUUUAUCAGACUAAAUUUUAUAUUAUUUCAUUUUACAGUCCUAUCACGAUCAUCAAUCCGACCAGUUUUCAGGUCAGUAAUUUUCAUUUAACUGGAAUAGCAGACAUAAGUUAUGAAUAUGUAGCGAUAAUUAUUAUUAUAAUUUUUUUCAUCAAACGAUCAAACUUCGAUUAUAUUCUUGUGUGAUAAAUAACAUAUAACUGAACCAAUGA